AUGAGUAAUGAUUUAAUUAAGGCGAAACUUCACGAAGUGACGAAUCAGAUCAAUCGUUUUCGUGAAACACUCGCUUCUCCAACAAAGAAUACUUCUACAAUGAUUGACAGCUCUCCUAUUAAAAAUUAUUCAAACAUUGGUACUGUUAGCGAACGUACUACACGGGAUGUUGGUGUUCAAUCGCCGACAAAAGACCAAAAGACUGAAAUGAGUGUUCCAUCUUCUCAAAUCAGAGCUAAACCGUCAACUCAUCACCACACACACCAUCAUCACAGAAGCCAUCAUAAUACCCAUCAUUCUAGCAGACCAACCCAAAGAAGAAAUGCCCCAGUUUCAACUCGUCAAAUUUCAGUUCACCAUAAAUAUAAUACUCGCCCAAGAAAUAUUUCCCUUUCAGACACGGAAUCAGAUGAAGAAUUUCUCAGAAAGUAUGAUUACUUACUUAAGCCUGUAAACCAGCCAACAACCCGAAAUAUUCAACUUGACUCGGACUCUGAUCAUGGUUAUGAACCAGUCAAGAAGAAAGGUGGUCGCAGGCAUGCCGAGAGAUCUCAUCAUCAUACACACGGUGUCACAUCUUCUUCAAACCGCCAUCAUCAUCGCGAUCAUAAGAGCAGACAAGUUCAAUCUCAUCAUAGACAUCAAUGCAAGCCAACAUACGAGUCAUCCUCAGAUCUCGAUACUGAUGAACUCCUUGGAACAGACUCAGAUGAUCUCUUAGAAGACUCAGACGACACCGAAGAGAUUUCGACUAGUGAACUUCUCGCUUCUACAGACUCUGAUGAAGAUUAUGGCCGAAGAAGACAUCACAGAUCUCAUCAUCACUCUCAUAGCUCGACAAAAGCAGUUCCAACAGCUUCAAGAUCGAUUAACUUACCACCUACAUCACCAGCAAGGAAACCAAUUCCUACAAACUUCUCGCAGUGGCCACAGUCUCGUUAUCAAAUCAAAUCUCCUUCGAAAUACACAGCGGCACCAACAGCAAUCUCUCCAAUCAGAUCUCCUGCAAAGGUACCUAUGGGUUCUGCUUCAAAGCCAUCUCCAGUUCUCAAAUCUCGUGGAAUUCCAGCAACAUCAGCGACAAAGUCAUCUCUGAUGUCUUCUCCAAAGCUUGAACCGAAAGAGAAGUCCAUCCUUGACUCUCUCAGCGAAGGAGAAGAAGCUCCAGUCCGCCAUCACCAUCAUCAUCACUCAAGAAGCAGGAUUUCGGAGCAGAUUGACGAAGAACUCAACACAGAACGCUCAGACAUCUCAUCAGAUACAGCAGAACUCUACAGAAAGAUCAACAGCAUCAGAAAACAACUUGAUGCUUACGCACAUUCACCAAGGAAGUCUUCUUCACCACACAGAAGGUCACCAUCACCACGUAAGAGAUCUUCUCCAUCCAAACAGCGCAUUCCUGUUGAAGAAGAAGCUGAAGAAGAGCAAAUUGAAGAAAUUUCUCCUCAAAAGUCUGAAAAAGUUGCAUUACCACCAGACGAACUCAAGAUUGAAGAGGAAGAGGAAUUUUCUGAAGCUCUUAUCCCUCCAGUUUCUCCUGUUCAGUCUCAUCAAGAAUCAUUCGACCAACCACAGCCAAAAGCAUCACCAAAGAAGUCGCCAUCUCCAAAGAAACAUAUCUCUGAUGACGAUGAUGACUUAAUCCCUGCUUUUGUCCCUCCUGUUGCAGAUAAAGUCGAUGCAAGGAGAAUUGACGAGAUUAUCAACGGAAACGAAGAUGAUAUGAUGGAUGAGGAGAAGCGCGAGAAGAUCCUCAACCGCGAACUCGUUGACAAGAUCCUGAAUAAUUCCGAUGAAGAUGAAGAAGUUCUUCAGCCACCGAAAGACGUUGAAGACCUCGGCCUUGUCGGAUUAAACAGUUCCGCAUCACCGAAAUCCGCAAGCAAGUACCAGGCGAUCAGAAAUGUCCAAGAUGACGAAGAAGAAAGUGAACUUGAAUUCCUGAGCGCUUUGAAACAAAAACUCAGCAGAAUUCAGGAGUCUGAUGAAGAGGAAGAAGCAGACGAACUCAAGCUUAAAACCGAAGAGGAAGAAGAGGCCAAAGCCGAGGAAGAAGAUGAAAUCGAAGUUGUCUCAAGAGAAGCCAAUUUAGAUGACGACCAAAUUCCUCAUGAAGGAAUGGCCAAACUCGAGGAAGAAGAAUCCGAAAACGACAGUUUCUUGAAGGCCCAAGAACUCAAAGAGAGAACAAAGAAGUUAAAUGAUGAGAUUGAUAAGCUGAUGAAGGAAGAUGAAGAAAACGAAGAAGAAACAAAAGAAAAAUCUCUUGAAGAAGGUGAUAAAAUCGAAAUUAAACAUGAAGAAGAGGAAGAAGAGGAAGAUGAUGAUCAGCCAUUAUCCAAAGAAAAAUUACAGGCUAUCCUUGACCAGUUUAACGAUGAAGAAGACGAGGAAGAAGAAAUUAUUGAAGAUAAUCAGAUUGAAAAUGAAGAAAACCAGCCAAAUGAAGAAGAUAUCCCUGAAAAACCUCUAAAUGAAGAGGAAAUUCAUGAUGAUCUUCCAAAUGAAGAAAUUAUCCCAGAAAAUAUUCCAAACGAGGAAGAAGAAAAGCAUGAAGAUGUUCUGACUGAAGAAGAAGAGGAAGAAUUCCAAGGAAUUCCUGAAAAUCAAGAAAAUCCUGCUCAAGCCGAAGAAGAUAAUAACGAUAUGAAAAAAUCUCUCUAA